AUGAGGAAGAGGCAAGUUGUGAUUAGGAGGUCGACGGGAGAGGCGCCGCCGUCGAGGAGCAGUAGCACGGCAGACAACAACUCGUCGUCGGUGUCCAGCUACACGGUGAGGAGCGUGAGGUACGGCGAGUGCCAGAAGAACCACGCGGCCAGCGUCGGCGGGUACGCCGUCGACGGCUGCCGGGAGUUCAUGGCUAGCAAUGGUGAGGAAGGCACGACGGCGGCCCUGACGUGCGCCGCCUGUGGCUGCCACAGGAACUUCCACCGGAGGGAAGUCGACACGGAGGUUGUGUGUGAUUGUUCUUCCCCUACCUCUUGA